AUCUAUUGAUUUAAUCAUCAGUCACUUCAGUCACACAUUUACACAGAACCAGGUGAUAAUCACACAGUGGGAAGAUUAAAUAUCAGUCACUUUAAAAAUGUUUAUUCUGAAAAAAAGCUGCAGAAGUCAUCAGGUUUCUGUUUGGAUCAGUGAGCUUCACUCUGUUUCUCUGACCUGAACCACACUGUAGCUGGUUACAGGUAUUUAUUAAGACUGUCCAGUAUCUGUGUUAUUCCAUGUGAGGAUCUGAGGUUUUUCUAUGCUUCAUGUUUAAACUGCACAUUUUACAGAUCAGUUAAUUUAGUAAUGAAUCAUUAAAUUAAGAGAGUAACUGCAGGAUGAAAUGAUAAAUCACUAAAGAUCCUUGUUGUUUGCAGCUCUGACUGACAUUUCUACUCUCUGCAGGGAUAACACACCUGUGUUUGUGCCAGGAAACAGUUAAUAAAUCACGUCAUGGAGGAUGAUUGUGUAUUCAUGUCAUGGCCGCCGUCUGUCUGUAACAUGCAGUGACGUUGCUCUGCAUCACGCAGAGAGCAGAGCUGAUGCUGAGGAGGAAAUAUAGGACAAGAGGAGGAGGAGGAGGAGGUCUGCAGUCAGCACACACAGAGGAAGCUGAGCUGCAGCAGAGUCAGGAACCUGCAUCAUCUCAGCAUCAGUCGUCUCUCAGCUCCAGGAGGAUGAAGGGGCUGCAGCGGCUCGCUCUGCCCGGAGCGUGAGGAGGAUUCCUGGGCUCCGUCUGCCUCCCCCCUCCCCCCCCGUGGAUCUCUGAUCCUCCCCCCUCUGUCUCUCUGCAGCAGCUUCUCCUCCCCCCUCAGCUGACAACAUGGACGGACUCCGGCUGCCCCCCGUCAUAGAGGAGGUCCUGGAUCCAUCUGACGAACUGUGCGAGCUGAAGGUGGAGAAGCCGAUCAUGUUGGCAGAAACUCUGACGGCCAAAGAGAGGGAGUCUCUGGAGGAAAACUAUGACAAGGAGGAGGCGGUGGGAGACGGAGAGAAAGGCCAGCAGGAGGAGGAGAAGGAGAAAGGAGGUGAAAGAGGAGAAGGGUGAGGAUGAAGAGCGAGGAGGAGGAGGAGUGAAGGAUGAAGAGGAGGAGCUGGAGGAGCUGAGAGCUCAGGUGUUACAGCUGCUGCUGGAGCUGGAGGAGACGAGGGAGGUUUCCCAGAGACACGAGGAGAGUUUCCUGGAGCUGCAGGGUCUGUUGGAAGAGGAGCGACUGGCGAGCGCCCACCAGGCCGAGAGCUUCACCAGACAGAUCCAGAGACUGCAGGCCCAGCUGCGGUCGGUGCAGGAGGAGAUGGACAGCCUGGAGGAGGAGAAGGAGAGCGAGCUGGAGGAGGUGCAGGAGGAGCUGCGUUCGGCUCAGGAGGAGGUGCUGGUGUUGCAGCAGGCGGCCGAGGAGGCGGCGGCGGAGCGGGAGAACGACAUCGCCUCCCUGCAGGAGGAGCUGUGUCGGCUGAGGGCGGAGCUGCAGCGUCUCCACGCCACAGCGCAGGAGUACGAGCUGGAGAUCACGACGCUGAGAGCCGAGAUCAACAUGAAGAGCCGCAACACGGAGACGCACACACAAGGUGAGGUGAGUCAGCUGAAGGACGAACUCCUCUCUCUGACGGACGAGCGUCAGACUCUGACCGAUGUCAACAAAGAGCUGAGCAGCAAAGUGGAGCAACUGCAGCAGCAACGAGACGCGUGUGAUGACGUGUACCUGGCAGUCAGAGUGGAGGGCGGCACCGAGCACGAGCAGGAAGACCAGGUGAAGGCGGACUCUUACAUCACUCUGUCUCAGUCCGGUCCCGAACACCAGGACCAAGCCCCAGAAGAUCCGGACUCGUCCUCGGUCCAGGAGACGGUCUGCAGCUCGGAGCUUAGCGUCCUGAAGGUUCAACUGAGGGAAGCCGAGGAGACAGCUCAGAAAGUUCAGAGAGAGUGUGACGGUUUAAAGGGCGAGCUGGCCGAGCUGCAGCAGCUGUACGACAGCAGCCAGCGGGAGCGGGCAGCGCUCGAGCAGGAGCUGCAGCGCUGCAAGGCCGAGCUGCAGAAGCUGGUGGGCAGGAAGUCACAGACUGACACUGAAGGCUGGAACCUGGCGGUGGCGGCGGUCGCUGUGGCAGCCAUCGCAGUUCUGGUCAUCCCCAGCUUCACCAGGGCCUGAGGGGGACACUGGGAACUCUGGGAACUCUGUGAGAUUGUGCCGUCACCCAUCCUAGCGCUGCCCUCAUACAUGUUGCUGUCCUGAUGUCUGCUUGUCGCAUCGCUCUGUUGUGUGGGACGGCGCUGCCACUGCGGUUUGACCCUGAACGCCACAGAUGUCAGUGAGUGCUGGAGGGAAAAGCAGAGAGAUUGUUUAAUUCGCAGUCGUCCAUAAAGACUCUUUAACUCUGCAGGUCUGUACAGUCGGUCACCACACAGAAACAUCCACGUCCACAAACACAAAGCUUCUCCAUCUAUAAAGAUUAUUCAGAUAAAAGCUUUUUAUCUUUAUCAGUGUAACAUGUAAUCAAUAAUCAGUUUAGUAAUCCAUCACAUUUUCUGUCGACAAAUUUCAGUUUUAAAAUUCUUUGCCUUAUGUUUCCAUUGUGGAUUAAAAGAAUAUUUUGCACUCGCUGAGUUACACUGAUGACGGAGAAAAUGGUAGCAGAUAAAACUUGAUUGUUUAGUGUUUUUAAUAUUCUGCUUCAGUCCUGCUUAAUGCUGUAUAUUAUCAUGUGUUUGUCCAAAAAAUGCUGUUCAACAGGUUCGUUUUGUAGCAUGAGGAGGGAAAAAAUAAUUAAAUCAGCUUUAUUUUACCUACCUUAUCCCUUUAUAGACCAACUUAAGACGUCUGUAUUUCUAUGUUCAGAGUGAAACAAAAGUAGUGUGUAAUUCUAGAAGUAAAAAAGCACUUUUUUAAACCUUAGAGAGAUAUUUGUUGGAGAUAAAUCAUUUCAGAGAGAUUAUUUGUAUUGACUGAUUUCACUGUGCCAGUUUUAAGCUGAGAUUGUGCCAGAGUUGCUUAAAUUUGAAGAGUUUUUGCACAGUGUGGUUUAACAGUUAGUUUACAGAUGUUUCUCAUUGUUUUGGUUCUGUUUUCUUUGGGAAAAGCUGAAAGAGCAGUGUAUGUUGUAGAGAAUAUGUUAGGAAUGAGAUUCAUGUUAGAGCUACUGUUGGUAAAAAUGUACAUGUAUUUUAUUUAUAUAAAAGAAAGACAUGAAAGAUGAGCCCAUUCAGACAGGAUUAAUGUUUUUCACAGCAGAUAAUCACUAAUGUAAAUGAUAAACUGAAGAGGACCCAGUCUAGAGCCCUGUGGGACACCGUCACCACUGGUUUCUGAAUCUGGAACUGUUUUCUGCUUCAGCUCCACCUGAAAGAUGGCCAUAUAACCAUUUAAUGAGCUGUUUAAGAGGAGGAAAGAGAACAGAAGAACAUUUGUUUCCAGCAGAAAAUAAGAAAUAGGAGGAUAAAUCCUGUCUGAAUGGAGCUGUAGAAAUGUUAUACUGGUAAAAUCUCAAACCCCAAAGAGAAAUCAGUCUUUAUUCCAAACCUUUACAUCUCAGUUCAUCAUCUGUGAAUGAUGUCUCAGAUCUUCCUUUUUCUGUGACGGGUCAGAACAAACAUUUUCUUUUGUUCUGAUUUUGUAGCUUUAAAUCUUUUUAUUGGGGACGAUGAACUCCCUCCUUCCUCUUCCUCUUUUUGCACAUAGACCAGUUUCAGUCUUUAAAUGAUUUAUGUUUACAUUUCAGUGGCGACCAAAUAUAAUCAGAUGUUUAAAUGACUGUGAUCCUGUUUAGGUUGGAAUCAGGUUUUUAUGUUUAAAUUGUUUAAACUGUUUGUCUUGAUUUGUGAUGAUGGUGCAUGAGACCUUUUUAUCUAAUAAUUGUUAUCAGACAUUCCAGUUUAUUUACAGUUUAUGAUGCUGUUGAAUCAUAUAGAAAAAUAUCUGAGACACUGUAGUGAAUGAAAAAAGACUGAACUGUGAUGAUGGAUGAAGUGGCAUUAAUGUGACAGAGCAGGAUUUUAAUGAACUGUAGGAAUUUAAACUGAAUUAAAUCACAUUAGAAUUAUUUAUUUAGUAUUUAAUGAUUAGCAGCAGGACUUUGAUUUGUGGUUAUAACUGGUCCUGUCUUGAUCUAAAUGAUAAAUAGCAUGUGUUAUUAAGACCUAUGUACAGUUUGUGCAUGACGGUUAAACAUGUAGUUAACGAGAUUAUUUACUAAAGGAUAAACAAAUAGAUUCUGUAAAUAACAUCACACUAUGGUUGGUGUUUUGGUUAAAGAAGUGACUGGAUCAGAUUGAUAUUUAUUAUUUUUACAGGGUUUUAAUUGUAAUGUUUGGAAGCCCAUUUCCAUCAGCAUUAUAAUAUGAAUGAGACAGAUUUAAAAGGAAUCAAAACAAUAAGACACAAAAUCAAAAUUUUGACUGGUUAAUUUACUAAAUGUAUGGAAGACCAUUUCUGCCAGAAAAGAGAAAAAUAAAUUAAUAUAAUAAAAUAACAAUCAUAUAAAAAUAAUUUUAACUCAUUAAGUUGAAAUUAAUAAUACAUUUUGACUUACAUACUAUCCCGUCAUUUUUAAGUAGUGAGUCAAAUGUGACUUAUUGUCUUAUA